CGCCGCAGCCGCAGCUCCUCUGCCCUCUCCCCGCACCUGCCGCACCUGUGGGGCUGGCACGGGCGGUGGCAGCCAGCAGAGCACCCCUGUGCGUGGGCAUCAGUUCCUCAGCAGCUCUCCAGGAUCCUGCCGGCAGAGCUGUGCUGCCUCCACAGCUGAUGCACUCCUCCCGUGAGGGCUUCUGCUAGUUCAGAGGCGACAGAACGAGGCGAGAAGCGCAAGAGAGCAUCAGAGAGGAGGCUGGGUGCAUGAAAGGCCUUGGAGAGGAGUCUGCUAUGGACAGGGAGCCUUCGGGGCGAAGGUGCUGCUGGUUUUGCCGCUCAGCUGCAGAGAUAAAGGGAGCCAGCAAGGAGCGUUGCGUCCCGAAGGAUUCCUCAGUGGCCCUUUUGGUAUUGUUCUUCUCCUUCCCCUUGCGCACUGCGAAGUGCUGACCUUUCCCUGUGGAACUGGAGUCUCUGCUGGCAGGAGAAGAUCUUUCUCCCCUUCCAUCUGUGCAGGAAUUUCUGUCUGAAUAGAAGAUACAGCUUUUUGUCGCAACUCUUUUGUUGUGACGUUGCAUAAUAGGCAGUUGUCUUGCUUUGGGAAAUAAAAGAAGCCAAAGAAAAUCGAGAGACGGAAGGAAAUUGUUCCCCGAGGGGAAAGAGAACACAAAAAUCACUGGGAGCCCUACCCAAGAUCCAGAAGAGCACAGAUCUCCCAGCUCCAGAGGAAAAUCCACUGUUACACAAACUCCUCGGCAGGCAGCAGCAGCGAUGAGCAGUCGCAGCGUUCUGUCUGGAUGCAGCUGGUAAAGGGCAGCUCGCAGGGACGCGGAGGCUCCGGCCUGGAUGAUGCCUGAGGACAGGAAUGCUGGAGUCCGCAGCCCAGGUGCCUUAGCAGCAGCUCCUUUCCUUCCUAAAACCACUUACAGGAGAAUUAAGAGGUGUUUUAGCUUCCGUAAAGGGAUCUUCGGGCAGAAGCUGGAGGACACUGUGCGCUAUGAGAAGCGCUUCGGGCCCCGCCUGGCCCCCAUGCUGGUGGAGCAGUGCGUGGACUUCAUCCGGCAGCGGGGGCUGAAGGAGGAGGGCCUCUUCCGACUGCCUGGCCAGGCCAACCUGGUCAAGGAGCUGCAGGAUGCCUUCGACUGUGGAGAGAAGCCUUCUUUUGACAGCACCACGGACGUGCACACGGUGGCGUCGCUGCUCAAGCUGUACCUGAGGGAGCUCCCAGAACCUGUCAUUCCCUACGCCAAGUACGAGGAUUUCCUGGCCUGUGCCAAAAUGCUCAGCAAGGAGGAGGAAACGGGCCUUAAAGAACUGGUGAAGCAAGUCAAGAGCCUGCCAGCUGUCAAUUACAAUCUGCUGAAAUACAUCUGCAGGUUCCUGGAUGAAGUCCAGUCUUACUCAGGUGUCAACAAAAUGAGCGUGCAAAACCUGGCCACCGUUUUUGGCCCCAACAUCCUUCGCCCCAAGGUGGAAGAUCCUCUGACUAUCAUGGAGGACACAGAAUUCUUCAGCUUGAAUGAACUCCUGGGUACAGUAGUAGUGCAGCAGCUGAUGUCAGUGAUGAUCAGCAAGCACGAGGAGCUGUUUCCCAAGGAUCCAGAGCUGGGACCAGAGGUGUGCAACAACAACAACGAAAUACCAAAGAAAGCAGCUGUGGGGCAGCUGCAGAACAAAGAGAACAACAACACCAAGGAGACUGCGGUGAGGCGCUGCUCUUGGGAGAAGCCUGAGUCUCCCCAGAGGGGGAGCAUGGACAGUGAGUCUCAGACCGCUCUGCCAGGCAGCAAGACAAGCAGCCCCAGGAACAGCAUCCAGAAAGCAGAUGACACCAGGAGCCCCCCGCUCACGGUGAAGAAGAACCCUGCUUUCAACAAAGGCAGCGGCAUCGUCACCAACGGCUCCUUCAGCAGCUCCGUGGAGGGGCCCGAGAAGAGCCAGACCCUGCCCACCUGCAGCCUGCAAGCCAGGAGAGCCUCCUCCCUCAAGGGAGCUGUGACCAAGAUGGGCACACAGAGCGUGCAGAACGGAGGGGUGCGGAUGGGCCUCGCCGGCGCGGAUGGGCACAGCAGCGCCCCCGGCAGCCGCGGCCUGGGCUGGGUGCCCAACGGCUACGUCACGCUGAGGGACAGCAAGCAGAAGGAGGCGGCGGGCGAGUCGGGGCAGCACAACAGGCUCUCCACCUAUGACAACGUCCACCAGCAGUUCUCUAUGGUGAGCUCUGAUGACAAACAGAGCGUGGACAGUGCCACCUGGUCAACCUCCUCUUGUGAAAUAUCCCUCCCUGAGCACUCCAACUCCUGUCGUUCCUCCACCACCACUUGCCCCGAGCAGGACUUUUAUGCGGGUAACUUUGAAGACUCUGUGCUGGAUGGUCCACCCCAUGAAGAUCUCUCUAACCCAGAUGAUUAUGAGAACAAAAGUGACAGGAGGAGUGUGGGGGCCCACAGCAGCCGAGCCACCAGCAGCAGUGAUAAUGGUGAAACGUUUGUGGCCAACAGCAGUACCAACAACCACAGUGCUCUGCACAGCCUGGUGUCCAGCUUGAAGCAGGAGAUGGCCAAGCAAAAAGUAGAGUAUGAGACAAGGAUAAAAAGCUUGGAGCAGAGGAACCUCUCCCUGGAGACAGAAAUGAUGGCCCUGCAUGAAGAGCUGGACCAAGAGCGGAAGAAGUUCACCAUGGUGGAAAUCAAGAUGCGCAACGCGGAGCGGGCCAAGGAGGACGCGGAGAAGAGGAACGAUAUGUUGCAGAAGGAGAUGGAGCAGUUCUUCUCCACCUUUGGGGAACUGACAGUGGAGUCUCGCAGACCUGAAAGGGGCAACACCAUCUGGAUCCAGUGAGCCUUGGAAGAGGACUGUGGGAGUUAGGGGAAGGGCUGGGGGGGUGCUGUGCUGUACUGUAGCAGGUGGCUGGUCACCUGUCUGAGGCGAGUACUCAGCGUGAUGCUGUAGCCCCCUCGAUGGAAGAAAGGGUACAGACAUGAACUGCUCCCAUCUUCAGCGUGUACUGCUCAAAGCAUACCCUUUGAGUGCUUCAUCAGACUACUGUCAAGUGUUACAACUGGAUUGCCUGUACAUAACGUCUGAAAACAAUCAGCUUAGAGAGCAGGAGAUGUAUCUCCAGCGGUAUUUUAAGGCAGGUCUCGUAUUUAAAGUGGUCAAAUUGAAACCUGGUUGCAAUCAAGCUUUAUAUCAAAGGCUUUCCUCCCUUGCACUUAACAUAAUAAGCUAUUUUUGGCGUUGUGUCACCAUCAGCUUAUUUUGUAUAUCAAA